AUGUCGCAGAUGGAGAGUGCCGUCGCCAGGCCCUCACCGGCCGAUUUUUAUCCAAGCCCGCCCACAUCGCCGCGACCUGUCAAACGGACAGAAAAAGCAGCCCCGAGAAGUAGUUUUUCAAAAAAAGAGACUGAACCGACUCUGGAUUUUGGCUCGGUAGACUCGCCAAAGUCACGAGGUAAUUGUGCUACUCCAGUAACUUCCUCUGAGUCAACCCCCUCCGAGUCAACCCCCUCUGGGUCAACCCCCUCCGAUUCAACUGAAAACAGAGCAUCCAAGGACGAAGAAUCCGAGGCCGAGCAGCUGAUUAAAUGGAAGGAAGCGCUGGGCAUUUCCAAUGGAAAAUGCGGCGCCAUUCGAAAGAGUGAUAGAGAAACUUGCUCAAACCCAAUGCCAGCUGAAAAGACUCAGGAAAUGGACGACAUUUUCAAGUUGCUUUGCAAACCGUGCAACUCAUCGCUGCAGCUUGAGACGCAUCUUGAUAGUCUAGCCCAGCUGGCUCACUGUCAGUAUCACGAUCACCCGCCCUUUCGAGAAGCUCGGAUCAGCGAUUGGCUGAAAGUAUUACCGGGCGGACCACGCCCACCGUCUCUCCAAAGGCGACUACGACUCAUUUUGGGACCUGCGCCGGUCAAGUGCACGUCUGUUACAAAGGACGGCAACCAUUGUCGAAACAACAUAGCGCAAGCAAGGAAAUCUGAUGCUCAAAAAACAGUCAGGAAAAUGAUAGAAAUGGCAAUGGGUUCGAUUGAACAAGACUCUUCCCUGACGCUCCUUGCUGAGGUCUGGCAGCACUACACGUUGUGUCAUGCGCAUCUGAAGUACUCCUUCAAGACUCAAGACGAUUGGGUGAAGCGCUUGGAAGAGUUUUGUAUGGCUUGCCAGAGUGAGAUGAACUCGAGAAUAGAGGAGGAGAAAUUGAAAGCAAAGGAAGCAACGACUGCAAAUGACAAGGCCGAUGAAAUCAUACUUGCAUCACCUCCGCCAACACCGAGAAGUCGUCUGGUGCACAAAUCCCCUCGCACUUUCUGGGAUGGCGUGUACGAGACAAGUCAGUUCAAAAUCCUCGGAAAAUACGAGGUUAUCAAUAAGUCCCUGUUCACUGUUGAUAUGGUAGCACGGGAGCAGCUGAAUACUGAGGACGACAAGUCGAAAAAUGAAAUCAAGGACGGGUUCGUUUAUCUGUACCAAGUAUCCGGCAACGACAACCUCGUCAAGAUCGGCUUCACCACAGGCCAGGUGGCUCAGCGGCUUGAAAGCUGGAAAAAGGACUGCCACAGAGAACCAGCACAGCUCUAUCCUGCUCCGGAUGCCGUUUGCAAGGCCGUACCCCAUGCGCAUCGCGUAGAAAGGCUGGUCCAUGCGGAGCUCAUGGAGCACCGGGUGCGGGUAUACUGUGAGCCUUGCGAGAAGCAGCACGUAGAGUGGUUCAAGGUGUCUGUCAAGCACGCGGUCGCGGUGAUUGAAAAGUGGUCGCUAUGGAUACAGAGACGACCGUAUGAAAAGAGGGAGACGAGGCAGUCGGUCAAGUGGUCCUUGAAGGCGGAGGAGGCGAAAUGCCUUGCUGACAUUGCUGGACAUUCUGGAAUACCAGAAAGAGUCGGGGAAGGCCUGGCCAGUAAGGCUGAGUAG